AUGUCCUGGAAUUCAUCCUCGGCUCUGCCGUCUCCGGCGCCGGAGAAUCACGUUUUCGUGUCGCCCAGCAGCCGCCUCGGUGCCCCCAGCGUUAACGAGACAUGUCUGGAGGCUGCACAAGCUCUGGGUGACCUGCUUCUCGCCAACCGUACACUUCACGAGUGUGCGUGCGCCAGUCGCAACAUCUCAACCUCCGAGUUCCGCCACUGGAACUGCGGCCAGUUCGAUCCGAUCAUCAAGACCUCUUUCGACGUGGUUAUCCUCGUCUCCUACAUCUCUAUCAUGAUUGUCUCCCUAGUGGGCAACACUCUCGUCUGCUACAUUGUUCUUUCGUCUGCGCGCAUGCGCACAGUCACCAACUACCUCAUCACCAACAUGGCCGUCGGAGAUCUGCUGAUGACGCUGCUCUGCGUGCCCUUCACCUUCUCCAGCGUCCUCCUGCUGCAGCACUGGCCCUUCGGCGCCACCAUGUGCUGGCUGGUGUCCUUCACGCAAGCCGUAUCGGUCUUUGUGUCGGCGUUCUCCCUGAUCGCCAUCAGCGUGGAUCGGUACCGCGCCAUCAUCUACCCGCUUCGUCCUCGCGUGACGCGUCAGCACGCGCGCCUCUUCAUCCUCCUCAUCUGGCUGCUGGCGAUCGGCACGUGCGUUCCCAUCGCGGUAACCUCCCGCCUCUGGCAGCCGCCACAUCGCCGCUUCAUCCUUAACGACCUAUACGUCUGCGACGAGCACUGGCAGCAGGGAAGUCGCGAGCAGUACAGCAUGGCCGUGAUGGCGCUGCAGUACUUCCUACCAGUCCUGGUACUGAUGUACACCUACGGCAGAAUCGCACUGGAGGUCUGGGGGAAGACGGCGGCGCUGUUUGAGCAGCGAGACCCACGAGAGGCGCGCCUGGCCAGGACGCGACGCAAGGUGAGUCCUGCAAGGGGUUCGGGAAACUAAGCGCUUCUUUCGUAUUUUCUUUCUGUUUCUGUCUUUCUUUCUUUCAUUCAUUCUU